CUUGAUCAUCUCAAGCAGCUAGCAUUGUUUCUUAGUUGCAAUUGUUGAGUUAGAAAUAUCCCAUUUUGUUUUUGACCCUUAGAUCUCAUCUCAACAUCCAUUCCAUAACAUGACUUCCGCAUGCAAUAAGAAUCCCAAGCCCAUUGCGGUUCGUUUCUUUAAAAACAUCUUCAGAGCAAGUCUUGCACAUGGAUUACUUAAGCUCCCAACAAUUUUCACUAAAAAAUACGGAGAUGGAAUGUCAAACCCUGUGUCUCUAAAGUCCCCAGAUAGUACUAGAUGGAAAAUAUAUUGGACCAAGCAUGAUGGUGAGAUUUGGUUUCAAAAGGGUUGGAAGGAGUAUGCCACAUACUAUGGUCUAGAUCAUGGUCACCUGCUGUUCUUUGAAUAUGAGGGAACUUCUCAUUUUAAUGUGCACAUAUUCGACACCAGUGCCGUUGAAAUAGACUAUCCUUCCAAUGGUACUCAUCAUGGAAAGGACAGCAGCCAUGUCGAGAUUAGCGACGAUCCUGUUGAAAUUUUGGAUGAGAAAUUUUCAUGCCAAAAGACUAGAGAGAAAUCCACAGUGUCUUCUCCUCAACCUACCAAGAAAAUGAAGGCUGGACUAACUACAAAUGUUAAAAAAAGGCCCAAUGUGGUGAACUUGCAUCGGCAUGUCCAAAUUAGAAGCAUUAAAUCUCAAAAGGCAAAAUUUGUCAAGCAUGAAUUAGAUGAAGAUGAAAGUAGAGGCAUUUUUCACACUGAACGGCCAAAAGGGGAGCAAUUAACUUCUACAGCUUUAAACAGAGCCACAGCUUUCAGAUCUGAAAAUCCCUCUUUCAAGCUUGUCAUGAAUCCAUCCUUUAUUUAUGGAGACUACCUGGAAAUACCACCUGAAUUUGCAGAAAUAUAUUUGAAGAAGACACAUGCAGUUGUCAUCCUUGAGGUCUUGGAAGGGAGAACAUGGCCUGUUAUUUGUUCUGCUCCUACAAUUACUGGGGGAUGGCACAAAUUUGCAUCUGAAAAUCAUUUGAAUGUGGGGGACGUUUGUGUUUUUGAACUGAUCCAGAAGAUCCAGGGCCUUGCCUUCAAGGUUUCCAUCUUUCGAGGUGCAGAAGAACCAAGUUGCCCCAUUUCACAAGCAAGUGCCGAUGGAUUCUGUGAGGAAGUAUUUUGUAAAGAUGAACUGGAAUGUGGUGAUGUUACAGUUUAGAAAGAAAUUGUGGCCUGUAAAGUUUCUAUUAUUUUAAUACAAUUCUCAAGGCACACUCUCUGCUGGCUGGCCAUUAUUUGCAAGAGAAAAUAAACUGGAACCAGGAGAUGUUUGUGUCUUUGAGCUUGUUAAUAGAGAAGAUGCAACACUUGAGGUUCAUGUUUUCAGAGGUGAUGGUAAUACAAUGCAUUAGGGGCCGUUGGUUUCUAAUUCUAUUAAGUUUUUUUAAUAUAGUAGAUCUACUUUCAUUGGAAUCAUAUUGAUGUAGUUGAUGCUUUAAUAUCUCAACCAAGAUAUGUAUAUCAAAGGAUUUUUAGCUAUAUCAAUUUAUUUGCGCAUACAUAUGGCAU